AUGACCAAUGUAUUCUUCAAUUUGGUCCGAAGCUUUUGCGAUGCCACAAAGCAGGCUAAGAAUCAUGCUGAGGCAGCGCAGCGUGAUGCCCAAGCACAGGACGGCAGAAGUAUACUGGCGCAGCUAAACGAGGAUGAAAGCUACCCAAGGCAUGUUUACGAUACACUUUACAAGGCCCUUAGGAAACAUGCCUACUGCUGCUGCAGGUCGACUCCCUCGCUACACUCGAUACCAGACAACCACUUGGGAAGAUUAGAGCUGAAAGAGAGCCUCCCAAGCUUGGACGACGAAGUUCUUUUCCACACAGUUUUCUCGAAGAAGGCCUUGUCAGAGUCACAAGGAAGUCUCAAUUGGCAACACCUGCAGUUUCGAGUUUCCAAGAAACAGCCAAAUAGACCAAAGGUACAAUUUACAACUGAAGGUCAAGACUUAACAGCCUCAGAUGGUGACAUAAUCACGACAUCAUCCGAGUUCUGCGACCUACUCGGCAGAGACAUCGGCUUAGGAAGCAUGGAUAUCCGCAUCAAGGACGAAAUGUUGCUCGUCCUCAAACGCGCUGUAGAUAUCGAAGUGCCUCUGGCGAACGAAAGAAGUAUUAAGCUAGCUGAUGUACUCCGCAACUGUUCCCUAGUGGCCAAGAGUAAGCUUCUACUGGCCUAUAUCUUAGCUAAGUCUCUCUGGCAACUCUACGACUCAGAUCUUAUGGGUGUGCGUUGGACAACAGAAACAAUUCAGCUCUUUCGAGAGAGGGGCGACGAUGAUGAAGAUGAAGAUGUGGCAGGGAUACAUUGGGCACCGUACUAUACUUUCUCCUUCGCGGGACCAGCGGAACCUGACUCAGUAGAGCGGCUGCCACUAGGCCAAUUCCUCCAUCGAUAUCCUCGGGUUCUCGCACUCGGUGCCAUACUUUACGAUCUUGGAUGGGGGAGACGUAGCACGAACCCGGCCAUCCCAACCAGCCCAGCAGAGCCUCCAACGCUGGAGAGAAUAAUAAACGAUACUACGGCCAGGGUACGAAGAGGAAUUAGAAGUGGGAAGCGACCCGAUAUCGGGUUAAGAAGUAUCCAAACUUUGGAAGAUUAUCGACUGGUUGUUGCGAACUGCUUAAGUGAGAACCUGUUCACACCAAACCGGAUGCCAGGCGUCCUCAAGUCUCCCGAAGAACUGGAAGAAGAGCUGACGAUAGAAGAACGCCGUGCCAUCUUGUUCAGAAAGGUCAUUGUGCCUCUUAAGAAGGUGGUUCAGGCUACAGGCUGGGUUGAUGAGUUCGGAAAUAUUCGAGGCAAUCGGGUAAAGAGCGCAAUGGCGCAGUUGAAAGAACAAGGAUGUGCUCCAAGGAAUCCAAUACUUCCAUCAGUGGCCCUGCUCAACAAUACGUCUCCGCCAGAUCCGCCUCACGGCAAUGAAGCGUGCGGCAAAAAGAAAUCCCUCGGGAAUGAAGCUGAAGCAUGGUUAGCCAGGGUCAAAGAGAGCCCUGUUGCGAGAGAUGUACUUUUUGCGUUCCAGAGGACAGAUAUGGCAGAGAAGAGAAUUCGCAUCGCAGUUUUGGACACGGGUUACGAUCCAGGCGCUAUCUUCUUCAAUAGAGACCGGCGAAGGCGACUAAAAGUCUGGAAGGACUUCGUGGAAUUAGGCCAAGGAACUCCGAAGGAUGAAGAGGGACAUGGUACACAUGUCUUGUCAGUACUAAUGCAAGUAGCGCCGGCUGCUGAUAUUUUUGUUGCCCGUGUGGCCAAAGAUACGUCUGAAUUACAACAUGCUACGGAAACCAUCGCCAAAGCGAUAGAGUGGGCUUGGAAAGAAUGCGACGCAAAUAUUGUUAACAUGUCGUUCGGAUUUGAUGAGGAAGUUUAUAUCGAAGGAAAGCCAAUUAUCAGCAACGCAAUACUCAAGGCCAUACUAGAAACCAACCAAAGCAUUGUUUUCCUUGCUGCGGCCGCAAAUAGUGGUGGAAAUAAGGCCGAGAUGUUCCCAGCAUAUAACAAAAACGUGCUAUCCAUCCGAGGGACCGACGAUUAUGGUACCCCGCAACGCUUCAACCCCCCUCCAGACUAUGAUUCAGAGACCUGCUUCAUGACGUUGGGACUAAACGUGCCCGGCGCCUCUCUGGUGAGGAGUGAGCACCAAGGCGCGGAUGUUUGCAAGUCUGGGACAUCGGUAGCGACACCGAUUGCCGCAGGACUCGCCGCGAUGUUGUUGGGAUAUGCGAGGGUACACGAAGAGGAGCUGCAGAAGAUUCUAGGACCUGAGGAUUCACCAAAGCUCGUGAGGCUUUGGGGAGUAAGUGGUGUCAGUGCCUUGUUCAAGAAACUGGCAACGGAGAUGACGAGGAAGUGGUCAUACCUGAACAUAAAUAAGAUGAUGCAACAGUCUCACGAGAUGAGACUGAGCAUUAUAGCAAGCGCUGUCCAAGAAGCCAGGAGUUGA